CAACCACGUCUGAGCCGCCGUGUGGGCACAAGUUAGAGGAAGCGGGACUCCGUAACAUGCGCGUAAAACGUCAGGAGCUCACAUGAAAGUCGCAGUUAUUUAAUGCGCCUUUAAGCGGAACUGUUUGCGGCAAACAUAAGCAGCAGAGUUCAGCAUGGGUCUCCGGUGCUCCCAAACGGUACCGGCGGUUGUGCUAAUCGUCGUGGCAGUUGUGGGGAUUCUGUUGCUGGUCCUUCCAGCUAAAGAGAUGGCGCUGCCUCCAGAUAACAUGUAUGGAAUUGUUCUGGAUGCAGGCUCAUCCCACACCUCCAUGUAUAUCUACAAAUGGCCGGCUGACAAGCAAAACAAUACCGGCAUCGUUACCCAGCACAAUGAGUGUCAUGUAGAAGGUGGUGGGAUAUCCAGCUAUGCAGACAACCCUAGUGGUGCAGCAAAGAGUCUCGAGAAGUGCUUGGAACAAGCUUUGACAUAUAUCCCCAAAUUCAGACACCAUCAAACUCCACUCUGUUUGGGAGCGACUGCAGGCAUGAGGCUCCUGAGCAUCACCAAUGCCACAAAGUCCCAGCGUGUAAUGAAGGAAGUGGAAAACAAACUGCAGUCCUACCCUUUCAAAUUCAAAGAGUCAAUCAUUCUGAGCGGGCAGGCAGAGGGGGUAUUUGGCUGGGUCACUGUUAACUACUUACUGGAAAACUUUGUCAAGUAUGGUUUUGUAGGUCACUGGAUGAUUCCAGGCAGAGAGACAAUUGGAGCUUUGGAUUUAGGAGGAGCAUCUACCCAGAUUACUUUUGAGACCUCUGAAAAGGUGGAGAAUGAAAGUAACACAAUGGAGUUGAAGCUUUUUGGAAAAACCUACAGACUAUACACCCAGAGCUUCCUGUGUUACGGCCAAGACCAGUAUUUAAGGAAACUGCUGGCUCAUCUCAUUAAGGAUAACUAUCAAAACAGCACAGUGUUCCACCCCUGCUAUCCAAAGCAGUUCACCGAAAGUGUCAUCCUGGGGAAGGACGUCUUUGAUUCUCCGUGUACUGUGGACUCCAAACCAGACAAGAUUGACCUGAAACUGAAUGUAAAAGUUGUGGGCACAGGAGACUACCAAAACUGCUUAGAGAAUGUAAAGAAGAUGUUCUCCUUUGAGAAUUGCAAAUACUCCAAGUGCUCCUUUAAUGGAGUCUUUCAGCCCAGCUUGAGAGGAAGAUUCAUGGCAUUCUCUGCUUUCUACUUCACUCACAAAUACAUCUCUACCCUCACCAACAUGGAUAUGACGUCUCCUAAUCAAACUGCAGAGGCUGUCCAGCGCGUCUGCAGCAUGAGCAUCUCUGAGAUGACGAAUAGGACAAAGCAGGAUAAGAAAUACAUGAAGAAUGUCUGUGCCGUCUCCAAUUUCGUCCAGGUGCUCUUAACACAGGGCUACCAUUUUGAUGAGGUUUUCCUUCCUUCUAUUUCUUUUGAAAAAAAGGCCGGAGGAGCAUCUGUAGGCUGGGCUUUGGGUUACAUGCUAAACCUCACCAAUCUAGUUCCAGCCGAAAAUCCUGUAGUGAUGAAGGCCCUGCCCAUAGGGCCCUGGAAAGGCAUCCUCUUCUUCUCCAUCAUCCUUAUCUUCUUUGCACUGGGAUACCUUCUCUUUGUCUACAGAAAAACAAAGGCUAAUGAAGGAAUGGUUUGAGAGCAAGGAUAGCCAAGUUGAAGUAAAUUUCUCUCAGGCAAAAAACCUUCAGUAAACACCUUUUUAAUUUUGGCUUUUUAUAUUAUGUAGCGAAAAUCAUUUUUAAAGUAAAGCUUACAAGUUUUGCUUUAGAUUCACAAAUUUCAGUAAAUGUUCAGCUUACUCAUGUCAGUGUGCACAAAAUCCAAAAUAAAUGGGAUUGUUUUUUAAAUG